CGCCACGAAACAGCGCGUGUCCCCACUCUCUGUCACGACCCCUGUCUCCAUUCACUCCCUCAACACCACAUUCAAAUUCGUUUCUUCCUCAAUCCCACUUUCAUCUCCCACACUCCUUCAAAGUUCAAACACAACACAACAACUCAAACACUCUCUAAAAUCUCGCUUGUUCUUGUCCCCACUCCUUCAUUUUCUCGUCACUUCCCUCCCUCUUCCCCCUUUUUUCUCUAACCAUCCCUUACACACACAGAGAGAAAGUUCAGUGCUUUAUCAUAUAAUCACCACCCCAUUAUCCUCUAACCCCUCAAACCACCUUGCAUUCCCUCUUUCAUGCACUAAAUUCAUCUGGGUCACUCUCAAAACCCCUCCUUUGAUGAUGGACGCCACUUCCUCCCCAAUGUCCCUCCAAACCCAAAAGGCAACCUUCCAGGACCUUCCAGAAGCUUCCCCAAAGCCCUACAAGAAGGGCUUUGUGGCCACCUUAAUGGGAGCCUCCACCCCUUCCUUCAAGGAAGACAACUACUUUGUGUCCCUCCUAAGGUCCUCAGAGAAAAAGGCCCUUCAGGAGCUCAAGGACAAGCUCAAAGCUUCCUUUGAUGGCUCUCCCUCCGAUGCCUCCAUGUGGGGCAUUCCCCUCCUUGGAGGUGAUGACAAAGCUGAUGUCAUCCUCCUCAAGUUUCUCAGAGCAAGGGACUUCAGGGUUGGUGAUGCCCUCCACAUGCUCCUCAAGUGCCUUGCUUGGAGGAAGGAGUUUGGUGCUGACACCAUCUUGGAGGAGGAGCUGGGGUUCAAGGAGCUUGAAGGGGUCAUAGCCUAUAUGCAAGGGUAUGACAAGGAGGGCCACCCUGUGUGCUACAAUGCCUACGGUGUGUUCAAGGACAAGGAGAUGUAUGAUAGGGUCUUUGGGGAUGAGGAGAAGCUCAAGAAGUUCCUCAGGUGGAGGGUUCAGGUUCUUGAGAGAGGCAUCAAGGUUCUCCAUUUCAAGCCUGGUGGGGUCAAUUCCCUCAUUCAGGUCACAGACCUUAAGGACAUGCCCAAGAGAGAGCUCAGGGUGGCCUCCAACCAGAUCCUCUCCUUGUUCCAAGAUAACUAUCCAGAAAUGGUGGCUCGCAAGAUUUUCAUCAACGUGCCAUGGUACUUCAGCAUGUUGUAUUCAAUGUUCAGUCCGUUUUUGACUCAAAGAACCAAGAGCAAGUUUGUGAUCUCCAAGGAAGGAAAUGCUGCCGAGACACUGUACAAAUUUAUUAGGCCUGAGGACAUUCCUGUUCAGUAUGGAGGACUGAAUCGACCCAGUGAUUUGCAGAAUGGUCCCCCAAAACCUGCAUCUGAGUUCACAAUCAAAGGAGGGGAGAAAGUGAACAUUCAAAUAGAAGGGAUUGAGGCUGGUGCAACUAUCACAUGGGACAUUGUGGUGGGAGGGUGGGACUUGGAAUACAGUGCUGAGUUUGUGCCAAAUGCUGAAGGAAGCUACACCAUAGCAGUUGAAAAGCCAAGGAAGAUGGGGGCAUCAGAAGAAGCAAUCCACAACUCAUUCACAUCAAAAGAAUCUGGAAAAAUGGUACUCUCAGUCGAUAACACUGCCUCAAGGAGGAAAAAGGUUGCUGCAUAUCGCUAUGUUGUCCGCAAAAGCAGCACCAUUUGAGAUGGCCAUUAACUAGUUUCUAUGACUUUUAUUAAAUAUUUUGCUUGUCACGUUUCUUUUUCAACCUUUUCUUGGUUAAUUUUUAGAGGGUCUCAUUUAUGCUUCUGAACUCGUUAAAGCCUGUUCACACAGGUAGUAUUAAUUUAACUAGUAGUGGUACUAAUGUGAUAUGUAAAAAGGAGAAAAAUGGUGGUAGUAUAUGGCUUGGUAUAGAAGGAAAGCAAUUAAGUUUGCUCAUAUAGCAUACCAAAUUACUGUUUGCAUUGCAAGUGUGAGUGUGUGUGUGACCAUUGAUUGUAUUGUCCUUUGUGACACGUGGUUGUGACAUUGUGUACAUAUGUUGCAAUCUAGGGGCAUCCCUUUGUGAAGGCGCAAUCUAUGGUUUAUGAUUUGAGGUUUCUAUUUUUGUGAGGGGUGUGAUUGGUUGAAGGAAAGUGCUUGAGAUGUGUGCAGGCAAAUGAAAGGGAAAAUUGUGGGGGUGGAUAUUGACAAGACUAAGGAUUGUAAGAAGGGGUUUGGUAACUUUGUAUAUAUAGAUUUGAUAAUCAAUGUAAGGAGCAAGAGAGAGUGAAGAGAGUUUCAAAGAGAGAAGAGGGAAGAAGAGUUCACGGGCAGUAACUGAUAACGUGUUGUGUGAGUUAAAAUUAGGUAAUGGAGCCACUUUCCUUGCUUUAUAAUUGUUUCAACAGUGAUGUCAAUUCUGGUUUGGUGAACCAUUUAACUUUCGGUUUUAAAUUGUGAGUCUCUUUCUACCCUUUUAGCAUUUAUUCAUGUAUAUUGGUUUUGAAUUCUGAGGGUGAGGAAUGAGGAUGUUAUUAGUUGCCAAUGUGUUGGUAUUUGGUAUUUUGUCCUUUUCUCCCUUAAAGAGGUGUAAGUGUGGGCUUUGCUUGCUACGGAUGGAUUGGGUUGGUAAAAAAGUGUUAUAGUUUUAUUUUUAUGGAUUA